AUGACAACCGUAAUUUUGCCACAGUUUGAAGGUACGGAGAUUAAUAUUGCAUUAUAUGAAAAUGUGAAGAAUAGCAAGGAAAUACGAGCUAAAAUUGCAGAUUUGCCCUAUGCGUUGAUUGAUGCGAAAGCAAUCAUAUCUGGGGAGCAACUACUUUCAGCCAUUCAUAGAGCGCUCAUCGAGGUAAACUAUAAUAAAAUGAGAACGAAAUCAUUGCAUUCAGAGUGUCUUUUGUGCCUUUCACCAACUUCCAAUAUUGGCGAUGCCUUCAAGAAGUUUGGUAUUUUAGAUAACUCUACAUCUAUAAUUGCUGUCCAUAUAGGAGCCAAAAAGGAGGAGAUAAAUUAUGAUUUUAUUCAAGGGACCUGUAUUGAGUUUACUGACGAAAAUCUAGGAAGACUGGCUGACAAAGAUUACAUUUCAAAGAUCUAUAAGCUGGAAAAAACUUUUAGGCCAGAAACGAACUCUGAUCUCUCAAGAGCUGUUGUAGAUGCCAUUUUGCUGAGAGGUUUAUAG